AUGAGUACUGUGUUGUUGUUGUUAGGAACGGACGCCAGCAUUCCUGUCCAUAUCAACAACAUUUGCCAACGCAACUACGUCACGGUGGAAGGGGGCCGCAGACUGAAACCUACCAACCUGGGCAUCGUCUUGGUACACGGCUACUACAAAAUAGAUGCGGAGCUGGUUCUGCCCACCAUCCGCAGCGCAGUGGAGAAGCAGCUCAACCUGAUUGCUCAAGGAAAAGCCAACUACCAGCAGGUCCUGGAACACACCUUGGACAUCUUCAAAAGGAAGUUCCACUACUUUGUGGAUUCCAUUGCUG